AGUGGCGCGCGGUGAUCUCGCUCCGCCUACGCUGCGUGCGUUGGGCGGUCCGACGGGUGAUGACGCAGCGCGUGCUGGCGGUUUGAAAGCCUGGCGCGACAGAGCCCGCGCGCUACUCUGCAGCGAUGUCGCUGGUGAAGCCCUUCGAUAAACUCCCGACGCUCAACUCGGCCACUGUCUUGUUGGUGGGCACGGAUGAAAGUCAGCAGCAGCAGCUAGCAGAGGCAAUUCUUAAGGAGAAAAAAACCUUCAAGAUAAAUAUCCACGUGGCGACCUCCCUCCCUUUACCUGCUGAGAGAGAUCAUAUCCGGCCCCGGAUUGAUCUGAUUGCCUUUAUGAUUAACAUGCAAAGCAAACACAGUCUUAGGAAUGUUGAAGCUUCACUAUCACACAUGGAUGCCAACUUCUUCCUUGGGAAAGUGUGCUUCCUCAUCACAGGUGUUGGUAGGAUGAAUCACUGCAGCGUAGAGAUGAAUGCUGUCCGGAAACUAGGAAACCUCUACUGCAGCCCUGUCCUAUUCUGUGAGCUGGAUUCUGAAGGAAUCAGAGUUGCCACAGCUCAGCGGCUGCUACGGAUGUUGCAGAUCUGCGCUGGUCACGUGCCGGGGGUUUCGGCCCUCUUCUUCAGUUCUUUGAUGAAAAGCUCCAUUGAUGAGUAACCUUGAUGUAAAUCCAUUGCCAUUCUUCCUGUCCACACUCUUCGAUCCUGUUUCAAUCUGCAGAAAUAGAUGGAAAUGGGAAUUUUGUUGAGACGCUUUUUCUGUUGAUUUGUAAUGAGGCCAGCUCGUUCCAUGCUGCUGCUUGCUUUUGUUACCUUUACAGGAAAGGCUUGGUUCCUGUUUG